AAUAACUUUAAUUUUUGAUAAGGAAAAUUAUUAGAUGCACGUAAGAGCAUUUAUAUAAUGAUAUGGUGACAUUAUAUUUAUAGGGCACGGAAAUAAAGGGGUCUAUUAUACUGCUAGGUAUGGAACCAUUAGCGUCGGACACGGUCACGGCCCUACAACUCAUCGAAGAAUACCUCUUCGACGAUGACGGACAAGUCCCGUCUCCGGCCUCUUCCACCACUCUCGACUCGAGAUCACCGCCACCGUCGUCGUCGUCAUCCUCGUUCGUCACCCAACUAUACCCUCAGAGCAAUGCUAGGGUAUUUCCAACAAGUUUUAGUAUUUCCUUUGGGAAUAAUAACGAGGGUCAUAGUCGUAAUUCAGACGACAAUGACCCUCUCCUGGAGUACAUUUACUCGUCACUCCAGGAAGAAGGAGGAGUUGGUUACGAUGAAACCUUUCACAUUUUUUGUAGCAACCCGCGAAAGGUUGUUACAAAAAAUAAUUACGGUAAUACUAAUAAUAGUAAUAAUAAUAAUAAUCAUAAACAUCUUGGGAACUAUAUAGGGGUGAGGAGAAGACCAUGGGGUAGAUUUGCAGCUGAAAUUAGAGACCCUAAUCGUAAAGGCUAUAGAAUUUGGCUCGGGACGUACAACACGGCUAUUGACGCGGCCCGGGCCUAUGACCGGGCCGCGUUCGAGAUACGAGGUAACAAAGCUAGACUCAACUUCCCACAUGAAGUUGCGAGUCGCCGGUCGUCGUCGUCGUUGUCCCGUAAAACAACUCAAGUGCAACAUGUAGGUGAGAAGAGGCAAAGGAAUGAAGAUAGUGAUUAAGUACAUGGGAAAUAUAUUAAUGAUCAUCACACUAUAUGCUUAGAACAUUUUAAUUAAUUUCUUUGUAUUUAAUUAGAUCCUUAAUUUUCUCAUGCAGAGGUUAAAUAUUGUUAGAUUGCGUGCGUACUCAGUAAAUAACUAAGUAUAUACUUCCUCCGUUUCAUAUUAGUUUAACGUAUUAUUACGUUUUGUGAAACAUUUUUUUAGUUAAUACGACGUAUGUUUUAUUUUGAGAUUUAAAUUGAUGAUUUA